AGUGUACCCAUGGAGUGGUGUGUCACCCAUAUCCGUGGUGUGACGGCUACGAACAAAGAGCCGCAAAGCACCACCAAAAACUCAAAACCCAAAACAACCAGUGGAGAAAAUUCGAUCCCUCUCCCCCAAAUCUAUCUCAAGAUUUGAGGGGGCAUUUGCAGAUCUAGGGUUUUUGAUUUUGUGGGUUUUGGAGGUUUAGAAACAUGGCCACUCCCUUCACCAUUCCCGUCACUGCUGCUCAGGUUGGGACUUACUUUGUGGGGCAGUACUAUCAAGUGCUUCAGCAGCAGCCAGACUAUGUGCACCAAUUCUACUCUGAAUCCAGCACUAUGCUUCGCAUUGAUGGCAACACCAGGGACACCGCCUCUGGAAUGCUGCAAAUCCAUACAGUUGUUAUGUCACUCGGGUAUUCUGGAGUUGAAAUCAAGACAGCGCAUUCUUUGGAAUCUUGGAAUGGAGGUGUUCUUGUGAUGGUUUCUGGCUCUGUGCAUUUGAAAAAUUUUGGGGGGAGGAGGAACUUUGUUCAGACUUUUUUCCUUGCACCUCAGGAGAAAGGUUAUUUUGUACUUAAUGAUAUAUUUCACUUCAUUGAUGAGGAUCAAGUUCAUCAGCAUCCAGCAGUCUUAUUAGCCCAUAGCACUCUUGACUCCAAACUGAGUGCCCCUACUACAAUUCCUGAGCCAGUGGCUAAUUAUAUGAUGAGUGGAGAAACUCAUACCAGAGACUAUGUGGUGCCUGAUGUCAAUGGAAAUGGUCCAGUUGACAACUAUGGCUAUGCAGAGCAACGGUUGCAGCAGGUUGUUGAAUCUGAGAAUAUCAUGGAGGAUCCUGCUGCAGAAUUGUCGAACGGUUCAUUUCAAAGUGCAGUGAAUGUUGUACAAGAACAGCUGCCUGCAUCUGUUGAGGAACCUAUUGGAGAGCCCCAGAAGCAGACCUAUGCCUCUAUAUUACGCGUUGCUAAAGGACAACCUGCACCAUCUGUAGCUCCUCAGCCUUCAGUUAACAAGAGUGCACCACCGGCUUCAGAUUGGAAUGACUUUUCACAGCCCAUUGCAUCGUCCAAUGCAGUUGAAAGGCCUGUAGCAGAGACAGCAGAUGAAGUUUCUGCCCUAGAAGAUGAAGAUGAAAUCAAGUCCGUCUAUGUACGAAACUUGCCACCUAACGUGGACCCAUCUGAAGUUGAGGAGGAAUUUGUUAAUUUUGGAAAACUCAAGCAGCCUGAAGGAGUGGUCAUUAGGAGUCGCAAGGAUGUUGGUGUUUGCUAUGCAUUUGUUGAAUUCGAAGACAUGUCUGGUGUUCGUAAUGCUGUCAAGGCCGGUAGUGUUCAGAUUGCUGGGCGACAAGUAUACAUUGAAGAGCGGAGACCAAACAGUCACAUUCCCUCUCGAAUGGGAAGAGGAAGGGGUAGAGGAAGGGGCAGCUACCAAUCAGAGGUGCCAAGAGGUCGUUUUGUCUCUCGGAAUUUUGGGAGGAGUGGAAGCUACGAUGGAGGUGACCAGGACUACGGCAGACCAAGAGGAAAUGGAUUCUAUCGUCCAAGUGGCCGACAAGACAGGGCAAACCCAAGCUACCAAUCGUCAAGAAACGGGCAAUAUUCAUCUGAGUACUAAUUAAGAUUAUUUUACGAAGAGAAGGAAAUUUUGGGUUAGCAGAUAACCUUUAUUAAUUUCAAGAACUAUAUAAUGGAAUUUCCUAGAGUUGCUUAGCUUAGAUGUGAUGGGCAUGUGAAUCAUAUUUUUCUAAAGAAGGGGUUGUUUAAUACCCGGUGACAUAAUUUAAUAGGUGAUCUUUUUGGAAUUUUGCGGUCA